GGGACUCCGCCUGGUUUAAGCUUACACGUACACUAAUGUUUCGAUGGGGUUGAGCUGGGGUGCCUGGCAUUUUGCGGAGUUGAUAAUUUGAUAAAAAAUACCGGCAGAGGUGGCGUUAUGCUUGGCAGCCGACAAUGCAUUUCACGCUUAUCAUCGAUAUUGAGACUAGCACAAGCAUUGUUAGAAGCCACUCUAUCACAGCUUUUGGAAAUGAAGCAAAGCAGGGUUCUCCCUAUACUAUGAAUGCAUUGCAACCGCGCCUCCGACUCUGAGCCGUACACCGUCCACCAACAUGCUGCUGCGGCGGCGGCGGCGGCGACGAAAGUCGUGAAUAUAAAGCGUCCGUUAUGGCCGGUUUAUUCACGAUCAAUUGGCCCACCAGUGAUCUCGCUCCUCACACUAGUGCUCUCAUCCUCAUCCUGUAACAAGAUCUUGAAUUGCCACUACCUAAUAUCAAGCACCCACGUCAACAAGCACCAUGUUCAACUCCAAGCAGAUCCUGUCCGUGGCUACCCUUGCAGGCGCCUCAUCGGCUCUUUACGCAACCAGCACUCCUGGCCAAGACCCAACUUGUGUCCAAAGCAUACUUUCCUUUUCGGAUGCUCCUUCGCCGGCCCCGGCGCUCCUUUCCUACCUCGAUAAUGUCUUCGGCUCCGGGCCGGUAACCGCUCCUGGUGCGACCACGGCUCUUCCAGAUUUCACCCUGGAAGAUCCCGCUGGAUACGAGGCUUACUUCCGCAAGCUCGCCACCGAGCUUCCCGCCUCUCUCACUGCGGACUUCCAGACAUACGCCGCGGGCCUCAUUAGCUAUGGAAGGGACCAUUUGUCUGCGUAUGAGGCAUACAUCACGGACUGCAUUACCACGGGUGAGGCAGCAUCCACUCUCAUCGACGAACUCCACGAUAUGCUCCUCGUCACCGCAACCCCUACCCCCACCGCUGGUGCGUCCAACGGCACGUACCCAACUGGCACGGGCUCUUACACCGCACAGCCCACAGCUACGGGCUCCCCAAUUCCCACAGCCGCCGCUGCCCGGCCUACAGGUGCCAUUGUUGGCGGCGCCGCUCUCGGCGGCCUGCUCGCUGUUGCUGCUAUGCUCUAAAUCAUCAUUCUGACACUAAAUUGAGAUUCGACAAGCCCAAACUUGUUCUCUCUCAACUUCGUCGCUUGGGACUGGGUGCUAAACGAACUGCCCGAAAUAGGGGCCUCUUUCGGUAUAUUAGCUGAAUGGCCUUGGGCUACCCGGUGGUCGUUUUACAGUCAUGAGAUGUGACGAGUUGAUAAUGUGGAAGUGACUUCAUGUACGCUUUGUGUACUAUUUAAAGGGGAAGAUGAAAAUAAAUGUACUUUCAAUCAAUAGACUAGACGGUCGGUUGUCGCGUCUGAGUUUUGCAGGUAGCUACUAUUCUAUAGACUUUUAACACUGGCAGAAUAAGAUUCGUAGCAGUUAAUUACUUCAUACAUAUUUCUCGGUAU